AUGAAAGCCUCCCCUUUCACUCUAUUUCUGUUCUCUGUUCUGUUUGCUAUCUCAGAAGUGAGGAGCAAGGAGAUAGUAAAACUCUGUGGUCUGGAGUACAUGAGGACAGCCAUUUAUAUCUGUGCCAGCUCCAGGUGGAGGAGGCAGCUGGAACAGCUUGAGGAGUCUCCACACAAUGAGCAAGCCAAGAGAAGAAACUACUUCCAGCUCCAAAACAGACAUGAGGCUUCUAAGGAAAACAUGGUGCACAACCUUCACUCCAUGGAAUUCUCAAGAGAUGAGCACAUUCCAAAUGGACAGAAGGCCUUGGAAGGGCUUUGGGAGUCCAAGAGGCAUUCUAUGAUGUCAAGACAAGACCUACAAACCCUGUGCUGCAUGCAUGGCUGCUCCAUGACUGACCUUAGUGCUCUUUGUUAA